AUGAUUAAAUUCUUAUUAGAUUGGCCAUGGAAAUGGUAUGGUCAAAUUAAUGAAAUAAAACAAAAAUUAUAUACUUUAUUAGAAUCAACAAAAGAAGAUCAAUCAGAUUUCCAAAAAAUCACAAUUCAAAAUUUAACAAUUUUGAAAAUUCAACAAUUUUGUGCACUGAUUAUGUGUAUUGGUUCACCAUUCUUGAGUGGAUUUUUAUUAUUAUUUGCAAGAGAUUAUAUUAUAAUUAUUGGGAAUGAUGAUGGGAAUGAUCAAAGUUUAAUCUUUUCAGAUUUAAAUAUAGGUAUUUUCGUUAGUUGUGGAAUUUUAAGAGUUGUUAUUCAAAUUUCUGAACAUAUUCAACAAUCAACUGCUUCAAUUGAAUCUAAAACUGAAAAAUUCAUCUCUGAACAUAAUCAUUUCAAUUCUUUAGAUAUUGAAUUAAGACAUAAAGAAAUUAAUCAAAAUGUUCAAUUAUUAGAUCGAAUUACUAUAUUGGAAAGACAAAUGAAUCAAAUGUCUAAAAAAUUUGAGAUUUUUUACAAUAAUAAUAAAUUUAUAAUUGAAAACAAUAUGACUUUAUUAACUUCCAAACAUUUCAAGAUCUUGGAAAAGGAAAUUAAUGAAUUACAUUAUAAUAUCCAUACUAGAACAAAUGAUUUAGAUUCUAAAAUCCAUUCCAUAAUUACAACUUCAUCAACCACAACACAAUCUUUUGAUAACAAUCAACAACAACAUCAUCAAUAUGAAAAGGAAAACCUCCAACCAAUUCCAUCAAAUAGUUUUACAACACCACAAAUCCAAAACCAUCAAUCAAAUGCUUCACUCCAUGGAAUUCCAUUAUCACCUAAAUCACCAUCAUAUCAUCCACCAUCUCCACCUUCAAUUCUCCCAUUUGAACAAUAUACCAAACUGACUCAACAAUUACCAUCCCCUUUAUCUAAAAUAACUUCUUUAAUUCCAAUUCUGAAUCCAUUCCAAGAUAGGUCAACAACUCAAGAUCAAGACAUCUUUGAUGCAGAGAUAACAAUGAAGGAAUUAUCAAAUUUAGAUGCCUUAAACAAAUUUAAUUUAGGUUCAAGACCAAUUGUGGAAUAUGUUAUUAAUAUUCCAUUUGCUUUCAAAUCUUUCACAUGGUUUAUUAUAAGUCAUAUCCCUAUUAAUGUUUUGAAAAUCAUUUAUUUUGUAUUAUUAGGUAUUCUGGAUAUUUUGGUCUCUAGAGCUGGUAUCAAAGAUGAUCAACAUGAACUGGAAGUUAGGAAUAGAGAUCAUAAAGAUAUUAAAGAUCGAAAUGAACUUCAUAUUGAAUCUGGAAUAAGAAAAAAUUCAACAUGA